AUGGUGCCUGCCCUGCAAAAGAGCGUCUCCCCUUUCAUCCGCUCUCGCUCCACCUACGUGAUGGAACAUCUGUUGAACAUUGCCAUACCAAAUCACAUCCUCUGGCUGCUCGGUUUUUACGCUUUUUUCCAUUCCUACCUAAAUGUGGUAGCUGAACUGCUGAAAUUUGGGGAUCGCCGCUUCUACGAGGAUUGGUGCGUUUAUUUCACUCUCUCCUUUGCCUUUUCAUUAGGAAUUCCACCUCCGUCCAGUCCUUCUGGUCAUCAUGGAACAUUCCAGUUCAUCGGUGGUGUCGAAGGUAAAUGCCUAUAUAUGGCCUUCCUAGGCCCCAUCUAA